AUGUCAGUCUCAAAUUUUAAAAUAUUUUUGGCUGAACCCGAUAAACGACAAGAAAUUCGUGAUCAAAUUAACGAUUUGUACCGUGAAAUAUCAAUUCGAAUCGAUCUUGAUAAAAAGGAGAAUUUACCAAACAUCAUCAAUUCACGAAAUGGCGAAGAUUUUUCGAAAUCAUAUGUUCCUCGCUUAUUCACACCAAUAAAGCUUAAUUCGCCGGACCAGCCGCCGCUCAUCGAAAAUUUCGGAACGAGAGUAGAACUGACUGCAAAUCAGAAACGACAAUCAAAUGAAUAUCACCUAUCAGAUAACAUUGGCAAUCAAAUUCAGUUGGGCAGUCAUAUUACAAGCAAAGCGGUCAAUAAAUUUUUAGAAAAAGAAAACACAAUUGUUCCAGCAGCUCUUCAGAGAUGUAACAAUUCAAUAGUAAACCGGCGAUCAGGCAUUUUUGGCGUGAAGGAAGUGAAUGCAAGAGAAGAAUUACUGAAUGUUAUGCAUCCAUCUGACCGAUCUUAUGCAUCAAAAGCUAUGGACAUUUACGGUUUUGACACGAUUAUGAACUCAUAUUCGAAAAAUUGGAAAAAUCGCCAGAAAUCGCUAAAUGCUAUAAUUGAAAAGCUAGAAACAGUAAAUGACAUGAAGAAAUCUUCGAUUUAUCUCGAAUAUUCCAUGCCUAUUAUUUGUAAUGGCCUUAGAGACCAUCUUCUAGCUAUUUACGGAUCAGCUCUAAAUACUUUGAUUUUCAUUAUAAAUGAAUUCAUUCCUCGAUGGAAACUACAUAAAUAUUAUGCGAAUUAUAUUGCAGCGAAAACUUCGGAUAUACUAAUUAGUCGAGCCAGUAGUACAAUAAAUAUUGCGACAUGCUACUUGUCACGCUUUUUGGCACCAUUCAUUUCUUCAAAGUUUUCUCGAACUGACACUGGAAAAGCCGAUAUUGUGUGGAAUGCAGUUAAUUUCUUUAAUGCUCCAAAUGUGAAAAUAGGAUUAACUGAAAAAAAUAUUUGUAAAUUUGCAACCAGCUGCCUAAAGCACCGUGAUGCCAAGAUACGAGAGCGCGGAAAAAAUCUUCUAAUCCAUAUCUAUUCACUGGCAGAAAAUAAGGAAUACAUUCGUUCACAACUUCCAUUACUAGCAAAGGCCAACUACGAUCGAAAUCCUCUGUUAAGAAAUAUCAUGAAAGAGUUCGCAAGAAUCGACAGCAACAGCCUAUCAGCGAAGACAAGAGGAAGAUCACAAUCAUGUGCGGCGGUUCCAGCCGUCAACAAGACUACUGGUUUAUCAAAAAUAGAUAACAAUAAAAGGCCGAGGACAGUAACUAUGGUUGAAGACGAAAAUAUGAUAACGAAAAUAAACAAUAAAGAAACCAUCGACAAGAUGUGCAUGUACUGCGGUGAGAUUAGCAAUGAAUUCACUCCCGAUGCACUCAAAAUGCAUUUUACGAGUAAAUGUUAUAUGCUGUGCAAGUGCGAACUAUGCGAUGCUAUUUUGGAAAUAAAUACAUUAAAAGAACAUCGACAACAACACUGCAAAUUAAAGGACCAAUUUAAGCAAUGUUCACGUUGCGAGGAACCGAUUCAUCAAAAAGAAUAUUCUCGCCAUCUUAGUCUGAAACAAUGUCGAGUUGCUAAACCUGAAGAGGUCGCUGGACGUUGUUUGCUCUGUCAUAUGGAUGUUAUUCCAAACAAUGAUAUAGGAUGGAAAAUACAUCUCAAAGAUAAAUGCUCAAAAAAUACGCGUAGAAAAUCAACAAAAUCGCAAAGAUAUAAAUUCGCUGAUAAUAUUCCAACUGUAAUUACUAGAUGA